AUGGCUCAAAACAUAUAUCUCAAUAAAUUGGAGGGCAUAAGCCUGCGUCGAAGAGUCGCCAAUCCGUACGUCUCAUCGUCGCACCAGUCCAAAAUCGACUCGACCAUCUCAAGCCUCCAGAAAGCCGACCCGCACAACAAGACCAAAAUCACGGGCAUCGCGUCCAAGCUGGUCGAUGGAGCUACGCUCGAGUCCAAUGUCAAGCAGGUCUUCCAGCAAAUCAAUGCCGAACUGGACCACAUCGUCUUCACGGCCGGUGAUCCGCUUGCCAUCAAACCUCUCGAGUCCAUUGACAUGGCAACGCUCAAGCAAGCGGGCAGGGUGCAUUUCUUCGCACCCUUCUUCGUGGCAAAACACGGUCGCCACUACCUCCACAACAACAACCGAAGCAGCAUCACCUUCACCGCGGGCACGAUCGUGUAG